AUGGGCUCGGUCGAAACUCACGAAAAACUGACUGGCUUCAACCUGAUCCAGACACACUAUAAACAGGUUGGAGACCAUCCCAUCCGCGCCGACUUUAUCAUCCCCCCGUCUACAUUCACGGGCAAACGCCCAGUGAUCGUCCGCUUCCACGGCGGAGGCCUGAUAACCGGCGACUCCCUCUUAAUGGAAUGGUUCCCCAUCUGGCUCCUGCAGCUCGCUAAAAAGCACGACGCAGUGAUCGUAAGCCCAAACUACCGUCUCCUCCCCGAAUCCACCAGCCCGGAGAUAUUCUCCGACAUUGAAGAUUUCUGGGCCUGGCUGCACUCGUCCACCGUCGCAGAGCUGCUCGCAACGUCCCCCACGCCAACACAGCUCGACCUGGACCGGAUCCUGACGGCCGGAGACUCAGCAGGCGGAUUACUGAGUAUCUGCUUUGGAUUGGCACACGCAGACGAGGUGCGCGCCACGACGGCUACCUAUCCCUGCGUCGACAUGGCAUCGGAGUAUUUCCGCACCGCUACGAAAUCGGAGCCUCUACCGGAUGUACCUGCAUCCACGGUGGAUGCCUAUCUGGCUCAAAUGGACAGAAGCGCGAUCCGCUCGUCGGCGCUUCUACCGGAUCGGUUCGAUCUGAUGUUAGCGGCCCUAUACUACGGUGGUCUGGGACAAUUCUACGAAGAUGGCGCGGAGGACUCGCCGCGGGAAGAUGCGAUUGUGCCGGUGGAGCAGAGUCAGAAGUUUGUUGCAAAGGCGCGGGAGGUCAUGAAGGGGAAGCCAGGUGGCAAUAAGAUUAUUUUGACGCUGCGGGAGGGAGAUCAUGGAUUUGACGUUGAGGUGCCUCUGGAGGAGGAGUGGUUGUUGAGUACUCUCAAGGAGGCUGUAGAGGCCUGGCUGGAAUAG